AAAACCCUAAAACCUCAAAUCAAGAAGGGUCCUGCCUUCUUCUCUUUCACGACACAACAACACAAACCGCACACACUCUCCUGGCUGCAAUGUUGGAAAUCAAAACCGCCAAGACAAGAAGAGGCAAAAGGGAGCUCGAGAAACGCGCUCCCAAACUCAUUGAAUCUGGGAAGAAAACGCUGGUGCUUCAUGGCACAAAAACCAGCGCCGUUUUGAACGCUGUGUUGACUCAGAUUUAUCACCUCAAGAAAGAAAGUGCAGUCAAGUAUAGCCGUAAGAAUGAGAAUAUUAAUCCCUUUGAAGCUGGUGGUGAAACCUCUUUGGAGUUUUUCUCCCUCAAAACAGAUUGCAGUAUCUUUCUGUAUGGAUCUCACUCAAAGAAGCGACCUAAUAACCUUGUUAUCGGGAGAACAUAUGAUCACCAUGUCUAUGAUCUAGUGGAAGUCGGGAUUGAAAAUUUUAAUGGCAUGGAGUCAUUUACUUACGAUAAAAAAUUAGCUCCAAAGGAAGGGACAAAGCCUUUUAUGGUUUUCAUUGGAGAAGGAUUUGAGACUAUGGUAAACCUCAAACACUUGAAGGAAGUUUUAGUUGAUCUUUUCCGUGGAGAGGUUGUGGAGAAUUUAAACCUUGCCGGAGUGGACCGUGCGUAUAUAUGUACUGCUCUGUCUCCAACUAAGGUGUUUUUCACACACUGUGCAUUGCGGUUGAAGAAAUCAGGUUCAGUUGUCCCAAGAAUGGAAUUGGUAGAAGUUGGCCCCUCCAUGGAUAUGGUUAUUCGCCGGACUCGUCCUCCUAAUGAAAGUGUGAGGAAGGAAGCCAUGAGAGCGUCAAGGGACAAGCCGAAGAAAAAGGAGAAGAAUGUUAAAAAGGAUCCGAUGGAUGGAAAGAUUGGAAAUGUUUAUAUUCCAGAUCAGAAGAUUGGAGAAAUGGCUUUGCCCAAUAAGUCUAAAGGAGUGAAGAGGGAGCGCCGAGAAGCCAAGCGGAAAAGUGGGAGUGAUGAACAUGCAUCCAAAAAGAAGAAGGAAGAUUCUUAGAAUAUUAUAAAUUAGACUUGUUGUCUUUUGAUUACGAAGUGAUCUGCGAUAGAAUCAAAUUAUAUUAAAAUUGCAUGUUGUUUAGGUGACAUGAAUGUUCUUCAUUUCACCUAUAGAGGGAGGUUGCAAUUUAUUUGUAAGCAUAUUAUUUUUCUUAAAAUUUUGCCAGAUUGAGAUGUCUUGUUAAAUUACUUGUAUGUUCAGAUGGACACAGUUUCUGAUCAGAGUUAGAUCCUAACAUUUUAUAGCUUGCACUGACUAUUUCCUGUUGAUUUUCUGUAA